AAGUUUCCAAUUGCAUUUAUUUGUUAUUGCCAUAUUUUCGUUUCCUUUUAUCAUUGUUUUCGCAUAAUUUGCCGGAUUUGAAGCGUACCUCUUGGCAUUAUUUAUUUUUAUUGCGAAGUAAAUAUCGAAUUCCAAUUGCUUACUUAACGGAAAAUUAUAUUUAUUAUUAUUUUAAAGUGAUGGCGAAUGAUUAUUAUGCAAACGUAACUGGCACGCCUUCCUGUUCAUCAUCACGCUGGCUCACUGAAGAGGUUUUCAAACUGAUCGAUAUGGUGCAACACGAUGAAGCCAUUUAUAACCCGCGCCACAAAUACUACUUUUGUCGGCCAUAUGUAGAGAAUUUCUGGCGUGAAGUUGAUCAAAAACUCGAGAAGAAUCCUGGAGCCAGUCUUGCAAAAUGGACUAAUUUGCGUAUAUCCUUUCGACGCGAAUAUACAAAUUAUCUGGAAGAAAAGGUGCCGCCAUGCUGGACUUAUUUUGAUCGCAUGUUUUUUCUGCAUCCUUAUCUAAGAAAAAAACAUUCACAACCCAAAUCAUUGGACUCACAAGUACAAGACGCAUUAGUACGUAUCAGCUCUUUAUCAGAUCGUUUACAACGUGAACGUACAGCAGCAGUGGCCGCAAAUGCCGCAGCUGCUCUUAGCGGUAGUAACGUGACAAGCGAUGUACACUCUUCACUAUUACAUACGCAACAAUCGCAUCAGCAACCAAUUGAUAAUUAUUUAGAAUACUUUGAUGAUGCCGAACCGAAUAAUUCCGACGAUUUGGAAGAUGUUAUAGAUGAUGAGCAACGUACACGCUUUCGUCAUGCAGAUCCCCAUAUACAUACACUCAAUAAUGAUAUAAAAUCUGAAUGCGAUGAUGUUAAAUCGGAUGUUGAUGAUUAUGAGCCAGAAAUCGCCGUACGACAUGAAGAAGAAGAUAAUGAACUUGAAGAAAUGGAAAUGCGUAAUUUUAUGAUGGAUUCAUACGCCAGUAGUAGCACCGCUAUACCAUUAGAAGAUCGGCGUGCACAAUUACGCAUGCAGCAGUUUAUGCGUUUGCAAACACGCUCGUACCAAGAUGAGUUUCGUAUCAAGCGUCCUCGCUCGCAGGAUAGCAUAAGUAGCACACAUGCGAUUAGUAGCGGUGCUGGUGGCAGCGCAAAUAUACCUACUACCGGUAGUAGUAGUUUACAUACUAAUCCACAUCCCAGUGCUCCUCCUAUACCUGUUAGUGCAGGUGGACAUACACGCAUGCAUAGCUCUACAGCCAGCACAGCAACAGCACAUACAAAUGUGUCCUUAGUACGACCAACCCUAGCCAAACCUAUGGAAUUAGUUAGCACUACCACAAGCAAUGCUGGCCCUGUUGGACUCAGUGUUGGCGCUGGCGUUAGUACAGGCAAUACACUGACAAAUAAUCCAAAUAACGAUGCAGAUGUGAAUGCCAGUAGCACAUCAAGUAUAAGUAACCAGUUGCCAACAACUUCGUCCGCAAUAAGUCACCAGCAUCAGCGGCACUCAAGUGCUAGUCAUCACAAUCACAAUUAUAGUCAUCAUAGUGCUGGCGGCAGCGCUAAUGCGCAUCAUCGUCUAGAAAUUGCAUCAAUAUCGUCGGGUACUGUUGGUGCUGGCUUGAGUACCAGCGGUGUUGCAAAUGCAAACGUGUCGGUGUCCACAUUAAUGAAUGCCACUAAUUCCGCCACGAGUGCGCCGCAGUCACAUGUGGAGUUGUGUGAUUGCAAAACCGAUCCGGAUGCUAUGUUCCUUAUGAGUUUGCUGCCUGAUAUACAAAAAUUAAACGGGCGUGAUCGUGGAAAAAUUAAAAUCGCAUUUCAAAACAUACUGCAGGAUUACCUGUAUCCUGAUUAGGAGAGCCUACUCGCAGGCAGUUGCUGUUAAAACGUGGAAAAUCUUUCUGAAGUUACUUUCAACGAAAGAUGAUUGAUUUUGUGUGUGAAGUGUAAUAAUUUGCAAAAGAAUAUUGUUGAAAAAGCGCUGAAAAAUUGUAUGCACUUACAAGUGUUUAACUGGAUUGCUGGCAUAACCGGUAAAUUUUACAAGUGUAAGCUUAUCCUAGUUAUUGUUAUAUUAAGUUAGGCACUACGUUUAGUGUUUUAUCAACAGUCCUUCAAAUUACUUAUAUAUGUGGCACACAUAAUUCACCUUAAAUAUUCGGUAGUUUAAUAACUUAAAAUAUUAUCGAAAAUGUGAUGCUUGAUUAAAUCUUAGUGAAUAUGUAAACCCUGCAGUAAAUAAUUAGGCAAUUCACAAAGUCUGUUAAAGUGGAAUAUUUUCAACAAUUUUUUUUUUUUUUUAAUAUUGCGAAUAACUUACAAUAGUAUUGUAAUACUUAUUCAGGCAAUCAGUUAAGUGCUUAUUUUAUUGUUAUAUUUGCAUAAAAAAACAUAAAUAAGCUACUUUGUGAAUUGUCUACUUGAGAGACCUUAAGUUAAAUAAUAGCUUUUUUGUAUAAUACAUUUCAUACUUUUAGCCAUUGCAGCUACAUAUAUGCAAUGACAUAUGAAGAUAUAUUAUUUUUUUACUUGAAAUCUAUUUAUUCAUUUUAUAUACGUAUAUAUUUUUUUCUAUAAUUUUAAUUACAAGAAAUAACUGUUAUAAUCUUUGUGGAUAUAUAUUUUAUAGUGCAACAGUUGAUUCCUUAUUUCUGUUUCCGAUUUUUGAUAAUUUUUUUCCAUUUUAAUUUUACAAAAAUGUAAAACAAACAGAACUGCAGACGUGAGAACGCAGAUACGCUGAUUAAGUGUGCGAAUUUCAUAUUUAAGUCGCGUUCGAACGUUUUUAAAAAUAUUCCGCUAAUUUCAAAGAGAGAAACCCAGUUGGUUUGGAUGGUUAAAUUGAAUUUUUUUUACAAUUUAUUUUUUAAAUAUUCAGCCUUAUUGUAAACUUCAUGUGAACAGCAUUCCCAAUGAAAAUAACUCACACAUUUUUGUUUUUCGUAUCAAGAACUUCACAUGUGAAAAUCCUCACAUCUUGGAAAAUUUUCAUGUUAUAUAAUAUUACGUUCAUUGGUUCUUUCUAUAAUAUUACGUGCGCAUGUAUGAACUUGAUUAAAUUUGCUUUCUGAGGAACCUUCUACCGCGGAACGGGUGGAUAUCCAGCAUAUCCUAUGAAAAAAUAAAAUUUACAAACUGAUUGAAAGAUUUUAUUAAUAAUGUACCUAGCAACCAAACGUUUCUGGUACCUCGCGUAUAAUCCUGCUCCAUUGAAAUCCUGGACUUGUGUUCCAGGGUGUGUAGCAUCAACAAAAAAAUUUAAACUAAUUGCUCGCUUCUCUUCUGUAGUAGGCCAUUUUAUCCAUUGAUUACAGAGGCACGACUCAAAUACAUCCAGUACUUCAGAAAGGAUUUGACUGAAGCUUGUCUGGGACGCCUUUUUGAUAGGCACCUUCACCAAAACAUCGCAAGCAAGCUGAAAGCUUUACGACGCUGUCUAUUGCGAAACGUUUCCUCACCACUGGUAACCCAUUGUGCAACACA